AUGGCAUCUUUAACCUCUGACUUUCUGAAUUACAUUAUUUUCCGUUACCUCCAUGAAUCAGGAUUCUCACAUUCGACAUUUACUUUUGGAUACGAGGCAGGGAUGGAUAAGAGCACAAUGGAUGGAAAUCUAGUUCCUCCUGGUGCUCUUGUUAAAUUUGUGCAAAAGGGUAUUCAGUAUCUUGAACUGGAAACAAAUUGGAGCAAUGAUGAAACCGAUAUGGAUGAAGACUUCAAGUUUCUAGAACCUUUGGAUCUUAUUACAAAGAAUGUAUAUGAGCUGCAAACUAUAAUAAAAGAGAAAAAGGAGAAGCUUCAGAAAGAUAAACCUAGGCGGAAGGAUAAGGCGAAUACUGACCAUAAGAGGGACCACAAACGAGAACCUGCAAGAGAAAUGGAAAAGGAGAAACAACAGAAGAAAAAAGGGCGUGAAUGGAAUAGAGAAAGGAGUGAAAAGAACAAGGAGAAAGAAAAGCACAAUGACAAAGAAAAACCGCGCGAGGAUAUUAUAGAUUCGAAACAGAGUGGACAAAAAGAGGCUGCCGGACAUGAGGAAAAUGGAAAAGCUGGAGAUUUGGAGCCUAUGGAUAUCAGCACAGUCUCAACCUAUUUGCCAUGUGAAAUUCCCAGUAGUGAUGUAAUAGUUUUGGAAGGACAUACAUCUGAGGUUUUUGUCUGUGCGUGGAGCCCAGAAAGGUCACUUCUUGCGUCUGGGUCUGGAGACUCUACUGCUAGAAUUUGGACUAUUGGAGAUGGUCCAUGUAAUUCUACUAUCCAAAGGAGGCCUCCAAAUGUUGUGGUUUUGAAGCAUUUGGAAAGUCGAGCAACUGAGAAAAAAAAUGAUGUUACAUCACUUGAUUGGAAUAGAGAGGGUACCCUGCUUGCGACAGGUUCUUACGAUGGCCAAGCCAAAAUCUGGAACCGAUCUGGGGAAUUGGUUAGUACUCUUAAGAAACAUAAAGGGCCAAUCAUCUCUUUGAAAUGGAACAAGCAAGGUGAUUAUCUCCUUAGCGGUAGUAUUGACACAACUGUCGUUGUUUGGAAUGUGAAGUCUGGAGAAUCGAAGCAGCUUGAUUUUCAUUCAGGUCCAUCACUCGAUGUUGCUUGGCGAAACAAUGAUUCUUUCGCGACAAGCUCCGCUGAUAAGAUGAUUUACGUUUGUAAAGUUGGGGAGAAUAAAGCAGUCAAAACAUUCUCAGGACAUCAGAAUGAAAUCAAUGCUAUCAAGUGGGACCCCUCAGGUUCCUUGCUGGCUUCAUGCUCUGAUGAUUCGACUGUUAAGAUAUGGAGCAUGAAACAGGAUGUCUGCUUGCAUGAUUUCAGAGAACAUCACAAAGAGAUAUAUACCAUCAAAUGGAGUCCAACUGGCGCUGGUACAAGCAAUCCGAAUAAACAGUUGUUGCUGGCAAGUGCUUCAAAUGACUCUACCGUGAAGCUAUGGGAUGUUGAACUAGGGCGCCUUCUUCACAGCUUGAACAGUCACAGGGAACCUAUUUACUCUGUUGCAUUUAGUCCGAACGGUGAAUACUUGGCAAGUGGGUCAUUGGAUAAGUGCAUGAAUAUAUGGUCAGUGAAGGAAGCCAAGAUUGUAAAAACUUACAAUGGCGAUGGCGGUUUUUUUGAAGUGUGUUGGAACAAGGAAGGCAACAAGGUUGCAGCUUCUUUUGCAAACAAGGUUUGUGUGUUUGAUAUUCGAUUGUAGUGGUUGAGGAAUGAAAACAGAUGCAGGAAUUUCACAAUUCAAGAAACUUUGUAGAAAUGCAGAACAAUUGAGUCUCAAACUAAAGUCACAUUGUAGAUAAGCUUUUUUUAAAUUCUCUAUCGGUGUCCAAUUACCCACAUUGGGCCUCGACUAAAUCAUUAUGGCAUUGUUCUAAACUUAGAGGUUGCGGUACUACUAGUAUAGUUGUUCCGCUAUUCUUCUUUUUGUUGCUUGUGAGGAGAUUGACAUGGCUGUGAUUAUUCUGAUUAGGUGUCAUUUAGCCACAUUGUCAAUUCCUUUCUUGAAAUUGAACCCAAA